AUGUCCCGCAGCUCAGCAUCCUAUUACGAUAGGCAAAUCACAGUGUUCUCUCCAGAAGGGAAGCUGUUUCAAGUUGAGUAUGCAUUUCGGGCGGUUGAGGCGGCGAACAUAACAGUGGUGGCGUUGAGAGGAAAAGAAGCGGCUGUGAUCGUUGGACAGAAAAAGGCUUCAAGUCAAGCGUUGGCUCAGGACAAGUUGUUGGACGCGUCGUCGUUGUCUAGUAUGUACUUCGUGACACCCAAAGUCGGUGGUGCGUUUGUUGGUAUGCCAGCCGACUGUAGGUCGAUGGUGUACCGUGCUCGACAGAAGGCGUCGAAUUUCAGCUUUGAUAAUGGGUUCGAGAUACCCAUACAUCAUUUGGCGUAUAAGAUUGCUCAAAUUAACCAAGUAUUCACUCAGCACGCGUACAUGCGGCUUCACGCUUGUGUUGGUAUUUUGAUUGGUAUUGACGAGGAGACGCGCGCUCCUAAGAUUUUCAAGUUCGACCCGGCUGGUUGGUUUACUGGCAAUAAGGCCGCCGUCGUCGGUAAUAAAGAGGCUGAGGCCACUAACCUGCUGCAGAAAUUGAUAAAGGAUAAGGAACCUGAUACGCUGGAUGAGACUGUUAUGGGGGCUCUGGCCACUCUACAGCAAACACUGGGAAUGGAUAUGAAGGCGGCCGACUUAGAGAUUUCCUACGUCACAGUCGACAACCCCAACUUCAGGUUAAUGGCAGAGGCUGAUGUGGAUCGGUAUUUGACUAUGGUGGCGGAACGCGACUAG